GCUGCGGCGUGCCCGCCAUCACGCCCGUCAUCCGCGGCUACAACCGCAUCGUCAAUGGGGAGCCGGCAGUGCCGGGGUCCUGGCCAUGGCAGGUCUCCCUCCAGCGCUACGACAACUUCCACUUCUGUGGCGGGUCGCUGAUCAGCGAGAACUGGGUGGUCACCGCUGCCCACUGCGGUGUCAGGACCACCGACACCGUGGUGGUGGGUGCGUACGACCAGACCUCGCCCACCCCUGACGAGCAGAGGCUGACCAUCGAGAAGGGCGACUCCGGGGGCCCACUGGUGUGCCAGAAGGACGGCGCCUGGACCCUGGUGGGCAUCGUCUCCUGGGGCAGCAGCACCUGCGACCCCAACGUGCCCGGCGUCUACGCCCGCGUCACCAUGCUCCGCAACUGGAUCAACUCCAUCCUGGCGGCCAACUGAGGCCGGCAAUAAACGCUGCCACCCCCAC